AGUGGAAUGCGGUUUCUACGGAUUUUGAAGCAGUUACGCAAAUACUGAAGACCAUCCGUUCUCUCGCUAAUAUCGCUUGACCUGUUGAUUUGUCCAUACAUACAGUGCCAUUCCAUCUGCUGUAUUUUGCGUCUGUGUUGUCCACAAAGGGAAUUUGCGUUUGAAGCGAAGGUCGAGAGAUACUGUGUUAAUCGGAAGGCGCCAACGCAGCUGUCAACACCGCAUUCGCCGUGACGAGGGGACACAUGAGUUUAUAGCAGUAUCAUAUCGAUUGUAGAUCCCAGCAAAAUAUACUACAGUCAAAACAAUGAGAUACUAACUGAUACGUGUCUUUGAACUGGUCAGUCGUGGUUAGGUAGAUAAACAAGACCCUGUGUGGUCGGUAGUGGUUUACAUCGUAACAGGAACUAAUUCUACGGGGCGGUGAGCCAGUGGUCAGUAUGGACAAGGAUGGACGCAGGAUAUCAGAUAGUUGACUGGUACUGGAAGAUGACCAUUUGAGUAUAAUUCUCAUAGGACAUCUACUGCGGCCUGUAGAUGAGGAUGGUGUCAGCUGUCGUUCUGGGUAUCGUAUGCGGGGUCACAGGGGUCGUUGUCGCCACCGUCAUCGUAGUUAUAUGCCGUAUGUACAAACGGAAAUAUCGUCAUCGAACAUGUGUUCCGCCUUGUGGUUACGACGCAGUAGGCGACUACAAGCCGCCCUCGUUGAUGUCAAUAUCGUCAGGAUCCCAGGACGUACAGCUGACAAAAGAACACCGCGCCAUCCAGCCUAGGUCAACAUCCAUCACAUCGCGGACGAGUAUAUCAACAAUGUCACGCGGAAGUAUAAGGAGUGACACACUUACAGAGGAAACAAGCAGUAUUAGUGCGCGGAGUGAUACCAGUGUAGACAGCUGCAUAUUUGACCCCUCAUUUGGUGCGAUCCGUCCUGACCUGUACCCGCGAAAAGAUGCUGUCCUCCAGCAGUCUUCGGUGGAUCAGAAUCUUGGAAGGCUUCAUAUACGUCUCAAGUAUGACUUCCGAACAUCUGACGUCAUCAUACACCUCAUUGAAGCUCAAGACUUGAUAUCGGUCGAGCAGAAGGACUUAGAGGGAGGUAGUUUCGGAGAUCCCUACGUCCGAUUAGCUAUUCUGCCGGAAGUGGACGAGAGAAUCCGCCAAUCAUCUGUGAAACGGAAAACAUGUAAUCCGUUCUAUAACGAAUAUUUCAAAUUCCCACUGACAAUAGAUGAUGUCAGGGAUAAGACUCUCGUAUUUCACAUUUACGACUAUGAUAAAUUUUCACGCCACAAGAUCAUAGGUGAAGUACAAGUGGACCUGCGUAAGGUGGACGUGACCAAUAGCGUGGAGAUGUGGUGUGACAUCAUCAAACACCACAAGUGUACCGGUGGAGACUAUGGGGAGGUGCUCCUAUCCCUUAGCUACCUACCUACAGCUGAGAGGCUUACAGUUGUCGUCAUGAAAGCAAAAGACCUACGGAUGACCAGUGUUGCGGGUUCCUCUGAUGCUUACAUCCGUGUAAGUCUCACUGUUGAAGGGAAGAAGGUAAAAAGAAAGAAGACCACCGUUAAACGCAACACCACGUGUCCAGUCUGGAACGAGGCUCUUGCUUUUAAUGUUCCCGCCGAAUUACUGCCGAAAGUAAGUCUGGAGGUUGCGGUAAUGGAUCAGCACGAUCUCAUUGGUCAUGGCGACAUUGUUGGAAGGUGUAUCAUUGGACCAGAUAAGGAAGGACAGGAGGGUAAACAUUGGAACGACAUGAUGCAAAAUCAUCGCAAGUCCAUGGCGAUGUGGCAUCAUCUACAUAAAAGAUGAAACAAUCUUCGUAUUACGUUGCACCAAAGCCCCUCGAACCUUUCAGUCAAACUAAACAGAUUUGUUUUAUUUGUUUGUGUAGUGACUUUGCGAACAUAAAAAAGGCGGACAAUCACAUGUCUGGAGUAUUGAUAUUGUUUUAACAUGUGACCAUGUGUUUAAGGAUUAUGCUGUUAUGCCCCAUAUUAAAUUGAUUUGAAGUAAAAGCUGGGGAUGGCACCCAUGGUGAACUUCGUGCGUCAAUAUAAGAAACAUUACUGGGACAAACAUAUUUAUGUGCACACUAUCGUCAUGCCUUCGUUUUACCAAACAUGUCUGAUAAUCAAAUUAGCUCUCUGUGGACAUCGUGGACUACUAUUUAAGGGAAAGGUUCAUGUUUAAGUGCACAGAUUUUAUUUCGUCUUGUAUUUCUAAUUAUUUGUCAUAGAUAAGUAAUUGUUUGUGGACAAUAUAGGGCAUAUCAAUUGGAAUUAUUCGUGCACCACGCGUGAAAGGUACAGUGCAGUAAAAGUGGAAUUGAUAUAUUUUCAAUAAAUAUCGACAAAUUAUUUUCUUGCUAGUGGUGAUUGAUGAAUGUGUUUAACGGUAAUAAAGCAUGACUUCGUCUGAGUGUUUA